GAAAUUCAACAAAAGGAAGAGGGCAAUACUCCCGGUUUUAGCAAUCGGCAUUGAUAUUUAUAUUUCGUGUUGUUAUUAGAGUGAGCAUGGUCAUUUAAACUUGAAAAUAAUAUUUAUUAACAUUAGUUUUUGUAAGAUAGGGCCUAGUUUCAAAGAAAAAAGAUUUAAAGAUGAAUUCAGUGCUAAAAUACAUGUCUCUUGCUACUCUGGUACUUCAGACAACUAGUCUUGUUUUAUUGUUGCGAUAUUCCAGAAUUGCUACGCCAAGUGAUCAGCAAUACCUAAGUUCUACUGCAAUUGUUGUGUCUGAAGUUUUCAAGAUGCUUACUUGUUUGACAGUGCUCCUUUCACAGAGUGGUUGGUCAGUAGGUCAGUUAAUUAAGUUACUUCAUUUGGAAGUUUGGAGUAAGCCAUCAGACACCUGUAGACUUCUUGUACCAGCUGCAUUAUACACAGUACAGAACAAUCUUCUCUUCCUUGCAUUGUCAAAUCUGGAUGCUGCUACAUAUCAGGUGACAUAUCAAUUGAAAAUUUUGACAACAGCCUUUUUUUCUGUCACAAUGUUGCAUAAACGUUUGGAGAUACAACAGUGGCUAUCUUUGGUGCUUUUAAUGACUGGAGUGGCACUUGUUCAAUGGCCAGAAACAGCAUCCAGUAACUCAUCAAGUGUAACUGUAGAUCACAACAUGACUUCUCAGUUUAUUGGACUUUUAGCAGUUUUUGCUGCAUGUUUCUCUAGUGGAUUUAGUGGGGUUUAUUUUGAGAAACUUGUGAAAGGAACACCUCAGUCUCUCUGGAUCAGGAACAUUCAGUUGGCUAUUUUCUGUUGUGUACUUGGAUUAGUUGCAGUAUUUGUAAAUGAUCAAAAUGCUGUACAAGAAGGAGGCUUUUUCCAAGGUUACAACUAUAUUACAUGGCUAGUUGUAUUUCUUCAGGCAUUUGGUGGUUUAGUGGUAGCUACUGCUAUCAAAUAUGCAGAUAAUAUUCUAAAAGGAUUUGCUACAUCAGUAUCGAUUGUACUGUCAACCCUAUUUUCUUACUUUAUCCUGGGAGAUUUUAGGCCAAACAGCUUUUUCCUCUCUGGUACUUCUAUUGUCAUUUUGGCCACCCUCCUGUAUGGAUAUCCUGAAAAAUUCCCACAGCAAGGAAAAGCUUGACUAUCUGUAAAGGUUUUAGAUUCUAAUGUAGCAUGUGUGUGAGUAACCUAUAUUUACAGGAUACAUCAUUGUCACAAAAUCCAGUAUCAAAAUGGACCUUCCUUUUCUUUCAUUAUGUGUUGUUUCAAAAGUCCUACUAUACACAAUGAGUGAUAACAAAUUUUUCUUGGUACAAUUACUAUAAAUCAAUAUUAAAGAAAGUUGAUAACCGCACCACUUUAGGUCUACAUUUUGAAAGUAGCUGGGUUUCUUUAAAUAUGAUUUAAGUACAUUUUAGGCCUACCUGCAUCCCAGUUUUGAUUAAUAAUUACUGUAAAACACAUUAAACUAAAAGACACGAUGAUACCAAGCAGUAUAUGCAACCUGAUGUUUUUAAUAUCUUACAUUUAAAAUGGACAGUUUCAUCAAAAACAGAAUGUAACUAGUUUGUUAAACUUCAGUUAAAUUCAGAGUAUUUUUGUGUUUCUUUUUGUUUGUAUAUAUUUUUCACUAUGUUAGAUAACAAGCUGUUAAACAUUUUUUGUCCAAAUGUAAACAGCAUUGGGUUCAUUUCAUUGUUUUAUGUUACUUGAUAUAAAAGGUGAAUUUUAUUUCUGAAUUUUUUUCCAAAAAAAAAGAUUAGCAAGCAACUAUCGUGCAUAGUUUUGUUACAUAAUAUCAGCUUAAAUGUAGUUAUUUUCUAUUAAAAAACUAUCUUUCAAUAUAUGCUAUAAACUUGAUAAUAUUAUUAUUCCUGUCAAAAUAUUUAAUUAUCUUCUUAAAAUUAUCAAAAUAUUACAUUUCCUGCAUAUUUUAAUAAACAGAAUUAGUAUCAUAGUUUCGAUAUUUUCUCCUCUACAUAAGAAUUGAAAUUUGUAUAAUAAUUUAAGUUGUUGAGUUGGUUUAUUGAAUUUAUGUUCUGUUUUGUGUAGUGAGCUGUUCAAACCAAUUGUCAGUUAAAAAACAAUAAGAAGGGUUUAAUCUGUGUAGUUCUUAAAAUGUCAAUAUGUACAUUAACUGUAUAUUAUCCAUUCAAGUCUUCCAUUUGGACUUAAAUUUAAUUAGUGUUUGUUUGUGAAAUAUUUUGCAUGUUGCAACAAAACAUGUAAACUACUAUAUUAUAUUAAGAGUAGUAGUCAAUGUUAAUAUUAAGCUCAAUUCACAAGCACCUCGUCAAUUUGGUUAUUAUCAGUAACCUUAAAGCUCUCAGUUGUAUAAUAUUUUGUAGAAAGGAUAGUUUGGUUUCGAAAAUGAACUUUCUACUGGUAAAGGAUAUUUCUAACACUUUUAUUAAUAUUCCUUAUAUUUACAGGUUAAGAUUUAUAAAUUUUACAAAUUACUAUUUAUUUUCACCUUUGAAAGUUAGAGUAUGGUGUCCUUAGUAUUUCAUCAGUUACUGUUCUGCUAUUAGUUUUAAUCGUUAUUAACUUGUUGUUAGGUAUUACUGAAAAAUAUAUAUGUCUGUGUGUGUAUGGAGAGAAACUAAAAACUUAGUUGCCUACUUGCCGGACUUUAAAUAUCAAGUUUUGAGUCAAACUGAAAUAUUGCAUUAUUAUUAUUUCUUAUUUUUAGCUUGUAUUAUGUAGAUCUGAAUUAUGUCAGUUUUAUAAUAACAGUGUGACAAAAUAAGGUGUAUUACUCCCUGGCAUGGAAACACUUGUAAAUGUUUUGCUAUCAUGUAUAUAAAAUGUAAAAUAUGCCGUUGCCUUGAUCUAACCAUAAAAUUAACACAUUUAUAAUUUAUGAAUCUUAUUACACAGUGUAGUUAUUUAAAUCAAGAAAUUCUAUAAAAUAGAAUUUUGCUGCUUCGCCAUAAAAUCACAAAUCUUCGUAAUGAGUUUAAAUUAAUUGUCAUUAUGUCUCCAAAGUUAAAAUUUGGUAUAUAUGGAAAAUAUAUAUAUAUAUCUAUAUAUACAAAGCCAUACAAUAGUAUUCAUAAUAACACUAAAUGUACCACCCACGGGUGCUUUAGGUAGAUUAUUUGAAAGUGAAUGUAUUGUUUAGCUUAAGAAUUCUUGAUCUUUAUGACCAAAACUUUUCACUUAUUCAGAAUUUUCAUUUUUUUUUUAAGAGGGUUACAAGAAAAUGGUAAAACAUAGUUAUUCCUGUUGUGUUUUAUUAGAUUUGUAUUAAUAAAUCAUCGCUUGUAAGUUUAAGUCCAAGAUCACUUGUUGCCAUGUUCAGAAUACAUCACUUUACUGUUUAGUUUGCUCGACCAUGUUAAUGCAAAAAAAAAGUAGAUAAUGCUGUGGUGUGAGCAUCAGGUUUUGACUUAACAUGGGCAUAGUACCAAUAGUGUAUGGUAGUGAAAAUUUACCAUCACCUUUAAAAAUCAGUGUGUUGUGCAUUAUCUAUAUCUUUGUGCCUGUUCCCAAAACUUUUCCAUUGCUUAUAUGCUAUUUUAACAGAUUUAUACCCCAACCCACAAUGCAUACCCUCACUUGAUUCAUUGCAAUUAUGAUAUGCCAACACAAGUUAUUCAUGUCACUGGAAUUGCCAAUACCUGAGAUAGUAAUCUGUUUUCUAUUUCUGCCAAUAAAGAAAUUUUUUAGCACUUUUAAAUUAUUUCAUCCUAAGUCAGUGACUUCUUAAGCAGCUAGUGCAAAUCACUAGGCAAGGAAAAAUUUAGUUUUUGUAACUUAUUUAAUCUGAUAUAAAAAAAAUGAAGUCUUCUUAUGUAUAACUUUCUGUCAUCACGAAUGUAAAAUUAUUAAUUUUAAUUUUCGGUUGUUUGCAAUUUGUUUACUGGCAGUAAUCAAUAAUUUAUAUUUAUGAGAUUUAGAAUUGAGACAAGUGUAAAUUCAUUUUUGACAGAUUUUAGAAUGGGUAAAAGCAACAGUUUUCAUUUUAGAUUUAGAAAAGGUUUGCUCUUUUAUCUAAAAGGUUUUUCUGUUUUGUUAUAGGCUUUUAUUUUUUACCUCAACUAUUUAAGGUAAGGUAAAAAAUUGUAGUUUCAUUUGAACAUAUUUUAAGUCAAGGAGAAUUUUGGAUUUCAUUUACUAGCAUCAUAAAAUCCUUCGCCUUCCAUGGACUGAUUGGGCCCCAGGACUCCCAUUUAUUUUUUCUAUAACAGAUGCACAUAAUUUUCUGGUGCAAUACAAAGUUAUGGAGCCACCCUGCAUCCCUGAUCCAUCAUUAAACUUUGUGUGUGUCAGUGUGCAGAACGUUUUUUUUUAAAUAAGUAGUUGCCAAAAAAAAGGGUUAAAAUAGAAAAAUGUUGAACUAUUAAUAACUUUAAAUGUUGUAAAAUUCAAGGCUGUUUCUUUCCAUUAGAGUUGAUGAUAUGAUAGGUUUUUUUAAGCUCAUAAUAAAGUAUUUUGCAUAGUAUACAUUUUAAUUACCUGUUGUCAGAAAAUUCCAAUAACAGGUAAAGCUUAACAUAAACUACCCUUGUAUAUAUCUUGCUUGGUUCAUCAAAGCAUUGGAAUUAUAGCUAUCUACACAUUUUAACACUUAUUGAAAGACAACACAUCAAAUAUCCAAAAAUGUUUUUCAUUCAUCACAUAAAACAUUAAUAAAACAGUAAGUCACAUUCUAUUCUGGAUUGUUAAGUAAAAUGACCUACAAAUACAGGAUAUAUCUUUGGAUGUUUCUUUGCUUUACAUUUGUUAAGUCAAUGUUUUGAGAAAGAUAAAUGUAAAACAAAACCGAUCUAAUUGAGAGUUGCAUAGCUUUUAAAUGAUUUAAAUAUAAGUAAUAGAAAUGACAAACAAAUAAUGUGAUACAUGCAUAGUUCCUGAGAUGUGUGUUGUUCCUGUGUUAAAGUAAUGUUUGUGACCAUGCUCACAUUUUACGGGUACUAAGAAAAUAGCCUGAUAAAUUACUGGCAUGCAUAAAAGAAGUGAAGUAGUCAUGUAAAAGCAUUGUUAUUAAUUGCAAUUUUUUAAAAGUGAAAUAUAACUACAGCAACAAAACUGAUUAACAAUGGUAAGUAUUGAUUUUAAAUAAUAUAAUAUGUUUGAAAUACCUACUGCAACAAAAGAAAACAAGUUGGCAAUUUAAUUUUAUCAAUAGGCCUUCUGUGUUAUAUUAAUCACUGACUGGGGUAGUGAAGUUAGGAUGUAUAAUACACAGUAUCCGUUCCUGUAUUGUCCAAGGCCUGUUUACAAAGUGUGAAGCUUAUAUCAGUUUUAAAGUAUUGCACUAUGAGACAUUACUUUUUACCAAUGUAUUUGGGCUUGAAGGAUUGAAAAUGGCCUUUAAAAGAAUAGAGUCUGUGUGACAAACAUGAAUCAUAAAUACUAGGUUUCAAUCUGAAAAUGAUACUUAACUUUCAUUUGUUACAUGUAGUUUCCCAAAUCAAUUUUUAUCCUUAAAUUUUCUUUACCUAAGAAAGGAAUACCAGGGGGAGGUUUUCCAAAACAAAAGUUUUAUUCCUGUUUAGAACUUUUAUUAAAAACAUGUUUGAUUAUUGAAAAUAAGUUCUGCAGAAAACUAUUGUGUUGUAAGAUAUUCUACAGGAAGAUGAUCUCAUUAUAAAUUAACUAGUUUUAUGACAGGGAUAGUUACUAUAUUUCACAAAGAAAUCCAAGUUCUUAGCUUCAGUUAUGAAAGAAUGGAGAAAGACAUAUUUGUAUAGUUUUGUAAAAAGAACUCAUAAAAAAGAGAAAACUUAUCACAGUUAGCCUUUAAACUUUUUAAAAAAAAUAUUAUACCUUAAGUAAAAAGCAAAAGUGUGCAACACUAAGUUUAGUAUCAGUUACCUUCCUAACAGGGCUUUAGAAACUUGGUAAGCUUUAUGCUCUGGAUUGAGCAAAACUCGUCAUUGAUAAUGGAUAUGAUAAUUAUAGCAUUGUUGGAAGUGCUAUUAUUAUACAUUCUUUUAAUUGUUGAAAAUCCCUAUAGGACUAGAUUAACAAUGUAGUGUUUAAAAAUGUAAUAGGCCUAAUAAUAAUGAGUUCUGACAAGUAUAAAUGUAAGUUUUAUGUUUGUUGGAGCUUAUAGCUGACAAAAUGAGUGUAAAAAGAAAUUGAGAAAAAUUGAUCUUUCAAAAAAUGUGUAUUUAUGAUAUCUAAAGAAAGCCAAGUUUUCUUAUGUAUGUUGUACUUGGCAACUUUUUCAGUACAAGAUGUUAAUUUUUAUUAUAGGGUUUCAAAACAUUUUAGUUAAUAUUAUUUGUUAAGUGAGAUGCUUUUAUAGUUUUAUCUUGAAAAGUUAAGUACAUGGCUGUGUGAGAGCCACAUUAAUCAUGAAUGGAGUACAAUCCAAAUGUUGUGUAAGUAACUUCUAAAAUGAAAAGAUAAACUGUGUAUUUAAGUAAAGAAGAAUGUAAAAAUAUUAUUUUCUUGCUGUAGAAAUAAUUCUCGUAAAUUUAUACUCCAUAAUCGUGCCCUCAUUGAUAAAGUGCAUAUAAUAUUAUUUAAUACAACCUCCACUAAUUUCAGUAUCUUAGCUCCUGGAUAAAUCUGAUAAAAUAACUGUCACCAUCUCACUCCUUUAUAAUCCUUUUUUGGAAUACGAUAUAUUUUAAUCCUAAGUCAGUUAUUUUAAUGUUGUUGUGCUCUGCUCUACUUGUUUCAGUCUUUUCCCUGUUGUUGUGAAUUGUGACAAUACUCAUUAAAAGCCUAUUUCAGUAUUGUUAAGUCAUUUAUUCCAUACAAAUUUGUUAAAGAAGCUAUAUUAAACUUUUAAAAUUAUUUUAAAAAAGUAAGGUUAGGUCAUAAUUUUAAAUAAUAUUAUGUUAUUAAAUGAUACUUUAAACUUGUUUAGAAAAAGCAAAUUUCAUAUCAAAAAGGUAGUCGAACUUCAAAGGUAAAGUUUCAAAAAAACUUUAAAGUGCUUCAAAGUUAUUAAAAAACACAUGUCAUCAGAGCCUUAUGUUUUCUGUUUACUAAUAAAAUUUUCAUGCCCCUAGUGACUCAGUGGUAAGUCUGAUGGAUUUUCCUGCUAAAAAAUUUGGUUUUGAUAUCUGUGGUAAGCAGAGCAGAUGGCCCAUUAUGUAGCUUUAUGCCCAACAACAACAACAACAACAACAAAAAUUUCAGAAAUGCACCGAAAAUGUGAUUUUCCAAAUGUUAGUUUUGUUCAACAUUACACAGCUCUUAAACACAUACAAACAAAAAAUAUUGGUUUAUAUGACCUGUGCUAUAUAAUAGAUAUGAUUUGUAUGUAUGUGUCUCACUAUAUGAUUAUCUUACCUUCCUACUUGCGUAGAGUCAGAAUUUGUAUAAAACUUGUAGAAUUAAAUGUAAGAAAUAAUCAGGGUAUUAAAGCAUUUAAAUUAAUUUGGGUAUGUAGUUCUUAUAAUUUGAAAUAAGUAUAAAGUUUAAGGCAAGAAUUUUAAACUAUUUUUUAGGAAAAACAUCUGUUGGUUACCCAAAGUAGAUAAAUGUGCAUCCAAAAGACUUGCCUCAUUACGUAUUAUAUAAAGGAUCUGAUUUUUUAUCUUAAUGUUAUGAUGUAACUGAACUAAACACUCGCCUAAAUAGAUUAAGUAUUUACAGUGAGGACUACUGUGUUGUUGAGAUUGUCUUUUCACUGUAUGUUGCUAUAAAAUUUUGAUUGGACAUGCGGAGGUUAUGCUUUGUUGUUAAAUUGGUUUAUAGAACUAUAUUAACAAGAAUAAUGAAACUUCAUAAUGGGAAAAACAUUAUCUACAGUCUCUAAAAGUUUUCAGUGCUUAACAUGAAUACAUAUUUAGUACUCCGUAUGCUUAACUGAAUAUGUUAUGUUUUACUAUCUGUAAGCCUAAAUUUGUAAAUCAUAAGAGUUAAACUAGCUUUAAUGAUAUUCCACACUAAUUUAUGUAUUUCAGUGAUUUUUAAAUCUGUCUGAUAAACGGGGGGUGUAACACGUUUCAGAUGUUACUGAGUUUAGAUACUGUUUGCAGAAGAAAAAAUGUUAAUCAUUAAAAUUGGGUAGGGUAUCAUUCCAAACAGAGUUAACUCCACUUGCAUAUGAGUAACUCAUUCUUCAUGAUAGAUUAUAGUGAGAACACCUUUAUAUCAUUAUUUGAAUUUAAGCAAAGUCAAUAAUUACAGAAAAGUUCUGUUGCUAGAAGCAAGUUUUGUUUUUUACUUCAUUGUAAAAGCUGUUUUCCACUAUUCGUGAAAUGUUGCAUCUUUGUAUUCUCUCUUAUUUACAAAUUUUCUGGUGUUUUUUUACAUUUGACUGUUUAUUUGUAGCCAUAUGUAGAAGUGUUAUUAUAGAUGCAUGUAGAUCUGCAUACUUUGGUGACGUUUCAGUAUAUUUUACUCUAUUACUUGUUUGAUUGGCUUUUUGGUUGUUGAUUUAUGAUUAAUAAUAUGUAUUUAAAACUUGGGUGCAGGUCAUAUAAAUAUUAUGAUUUUACUUUAUUAUCCAGUGUGACUUUAUUAUGCUGAAUAUCAGUUAACUUUCCAUAGAAUGUUUGUAAUGUAGUUGUAAAGUAAAUAACAAGUUAUUAGUUGAGUGUGUAUGACAUUAAAAGUUGGAAAAUAGUUUGUACACAUUUUGUGAGACAAAAUUGUUGAUUAUUGAAUUUCAUAAAAAUGUUUUAAGUUAUAACUGGUAACAUAAUAAGAGUAAUUUGGUUAUAUUAGUUUUAAAGUAAACAGUAUUUUUGCCUUUGUUGAAGUUAAUACAAAUUAAUUUGUUUACAACAUAUCCUGGGAAGAUAUUUUGUUUUUAAAUUGCUGAAUUAAUUUUAAAAUUGAUUUUAACAUUUUUUAGUUUGUUAUGUCACUGUUGUUGAAAUCCAACUCUGGAAAUGUGAAUAGUUCAAGAAUAUGUUAAAACUUCAAAAUGGAUUUUAUAAGUCAGUUCUUUAACUAAAUGCAAAUUGUGUGAUACAUAUUUAUUUAAGUAUUAAAUGUAUUCAGUUUAGUACUGGUCUUCUGUUAAAGUUUAUUGAAUUUGAAUCCACUGUUGAUCUAAUAUGUAAAGGCUAUUGUAAAUACAUGUACAAUGUAUUUAAAUAUUUAUAUAGAUAUACAUGCAUUGAAUUAAUGAAUUAAAUUGUAUAGACAAAGUAUAUCAAAUUAUCUGCAUGAGAUUUAUGGAUUCAAUGGUGAAAACAAACGUUUUAAAUCUCAUAGGUUUAAUUGUUGUGUAUUUUGAUGUUUUACCAUAGUUACCAACUUAGCUCUCUGAUAGCUUAUUUAGAUUGAAAUAUAUGCCUCACAGGUAGUAUUGUAUUUUGUUUUCAGUGGCUAUUAACAUUAGCAAAUAUCAGUUUGUAUAAAAAUAUAUAUUUUUCUGUCUUUGCAAUAUGUUAAUACAAGUUAUUUUGAUUUCUUU